UAUUGCAAUCGCAGAAAAAAGUGUAUUGUAAUUUUAAAAAAUCUCUAACAAAUAACCGGCACAAAAUUCCAACUGAUAGCGUGAUAGCGGUCGAUAACAAAGUCUUUUUGCUUCUGAUGGAGCAUGUGACGUGUGUUUUUUCCAGGACACAACAAAACCUGCAUGCCUACUGUAAGACAGAUAGUUGGCUGUCUCGUUGCUGCCCGACCGAUCCGAUGCCGGCCCCGGCUUCUUCUUUCUGCUAAAAGCCCUAAUUGCGCUACUAACAAUCCUAAUCAGGACACUAGCAUGGUUGUUAACAGCAGCGGCAACAACAACAACACCAACAACAACAACAACAGCAGCAGCAACAGCAACAACAUUUACCACAACAACGAGAACGAGAUCGCACGAAAUCGAUAUCUUGAUCGUUCUUAUAUCUAAUUCCAUUAAACUCAUCAUUCAUUCCUUUGUUAUAGAUUUUUGAGUACAAGUUCUUGAAACAUUGGAUACAACAGGUAGUAGGGGGAAAGAGUUGUCUUCGCAUUUUUAUAAUACGGUUAUACUUUUACCAGAUUGUACAAGUAUUUUCACGUAUGUGUUUCAAUUGAUAAUUUAAACUACUUAAUCAGGGUUAUUCAUUACAAAAGAAUAAACGCUUUCCGAAACGCUUUAGAUAAAGAAUACCGCAACGAUGAUCAAUAUUAUAUUUAUAUCGCAUCGUAGUUUUACUGCAUUGUUGAUCAUAAUAAUAAACAUGUUAACAACUAUAAUUAUGGUAAUAAAUUGAUCAUCACAGGUGAUGUAUUACUAUAAUUAUUAUAUAACUGUAAUCAC